AAAAUUGAAAAGUCCAAUGGAGAACAUCAAAAUCGAAACAACUGAAAUGCAUACAGGUGGGGAACCCUUGCGCAUUGUUGAGAAAGGCUAUCCGAAGAUUGAAGGGUCUACAAUUCUGGAAAAGCGUCGAUAUGCAAAAGAAAAGUUGGAUCAUAUUCGACGCUUUUUGAUGUUCGAACCAAGAGGGCAUUAUGAUAUGUAUGGAGCCAUACUCGUGGAACCUGACGUACCCGAAGCUGAUAUUGCAGUUUUGUUUAUGCACAACGAGGGAUAUAGCACGAUGUGUGGACACGCUGUGAUAGCCCUCGGGCGCUAUGCAGUUGAUAAGAAAAUGGUAAUAUCGACACCCCCUGAAACUGCUGUCAAUAUCCAGUGCCCUUGUGGACUCGUUAGCGUUAUGGUACAUCAAGAUGGCAGUGUUAGGUUUAGAAGCGUUUCAGCAUUCUUAUUCAAGAAAGAUGUUGAAAUUGAUGUAGUGGGCUAUGGCAAGAAAAAAGUGGACAUCAGUUAUGGUGGAGCAUUCUAUGCAUUUAUUGAUGCCAGUGAAUUUGGCCAUUGUGUCAAAACAUCCAGAAACAGAGACCUUGUUGACAUAGCAGAUGCUGUAUCAGAUGCUGUAAAGGACCAAGUUACACUGAGUCAUCCAGACAGUCCUGACCUGGCAUACCUAUAUGGGACCAUUUUGACAGAUGGAAAGGACCUUUACUCUGAUACACCUACAGCCAAUAUCUGUGUGUUCGCAGACAGACAGGUUGACAGAUGCCCUACAGGGUCAGGGGUCACUGCCAGGAUAGCGCUGCAAUAUGCCAAGAACUUGAUUCAACUCAACCAAACCAGGACUUUUGAGAGUGGGGUCAAUGGUUCAACAUUCUCUGGCAAGGCUGUGGAAGUGACAAAAUGUGGCCAGUUUGAUGGUGUCAGGGUGGAGGUAGCAGGGAAGGGCCAUUAUAGCGGAACAGCAAGUUUUGUACUUGAGGCAGAUGAUCCAAUUUCAUAUGGAUUCUUAGUGAAAUAACUUUCAACAUAACACUUCUUUUACAAGACAGUUAUGCAUCCAACUAUACUUUGUGUCUGAAAUUUUGCGCACAAACCACACAAUUGUGUGCAUUUUUACAACUGCCAGAUUUCUACUAGACUAAUCCAGUGAACCAUGCAUUCCUUUGGCUAUGAUGUCAUUCUAAUAGUGUCAGGACAGAAUUAUUUCAUAUGUAUUCUGCAAAAGGAUCAAUAUUUAAUGGAAAUGUACAAUAUAGAGGUUAUUUAAUGGGAGGUUUUUGAUA